GACUGCUGGAAUUAAAAAAGUCAUCCUCUCUCUUUAUUUUUUUUUUAAUAAGGCAAACUAAUUAUAUAUUCCUAUAAAUGGAGAAAUAUUUAUAUUGAACUGAAACAUUUUCCAAAAAACAAAAUUCUGAUUAACCAAGUAGCUCCAAUUCAGUGACGCAUAAACAGUAAAUAUUUUAUCGAAUUGUAAUUUUUUUUUGUUACUUAAAUGUUAAGAGGAAUAUGGCUCUGGAAAGCAUGAAUGUCCAUCAUCCCUCCCCACCAACCUCCAACCAUGAACACAUCAACAACCUCACAGACGAAAGCAGGGAGGAUGGUGAGUUAGAAGAAGGGGAACUUGAGGAUGAUGGCGGAGAAGUUGAGGCUCCCAAAACUCCUGAACCUCAAGAAAAAGUGAGGCACAGCAGAGAAAAAGAGAGACAUGCUAGUGGUUCUGACGAUGAAAAAGUGCACCGUCGCAAAAGAAAGAAACGGAAGGAGAGGGAAAGAGAAAAGGAAAAAAGGAGAUCUAAGAAGAGGCGUAAAUCUAAACAUAAACGUCAUGCAUCAUCCAGUGAUGACUACACUGAUUUCAGUGAUGAUUCUGACUACAGCCCUGGAGAAAAAAGCCACCGGAAGUAUCGGGAGUAUAGCCCCCAGUAUCCACCACCACCACAUCCAGGCUACCCUCCUCCUCCUCAUGGUGCUCCAAUGUCUAAAAAGGGGGGCUACAUGAAGAUGGAAAAGCAAAGCUAUGGCGGCUAUGACGAAUAUGAUGAAGACAACUAUGAGGGGGAAGAAGAUGAAGAAAUGGGGGAAGAAGAAUAUGAUGACUUUACCAAAGAACUGAACCAGUAUCGUAAGGCGAAGGAAGGUGGCAUCAACAAAAGCAGAGGUGCAAAAGGUCGAGGUGGAAAGAGCCAGCGAGGUCGUGGAAGAGGUGGUGGAAUGAGAGGACGAGCAGGUCGUGGAGGUAGAGGAAGAGGUCGGGACAAAAUGGGAGGUGACACUGAUGAUGGUGAUGGCAUGAUAUACAGUGAAGAUAUGGAGUAUGGUGAUGAGGAUUAUGACAACAUGGGUGAUGAUGACUAUGAUGACUACUCCAAAGAACUGAACCAAUAUCGGAAGUGUAAAGAGGGUCCAAAUCGAGGGCGCGGGGGUGCCAAAGGAGGAGGGCGUGGACGUGUCCGGGGAAAGGGAGGUCGUGGUAUGAGUCGUGGCCGAGGUAGAAACAAUCGAGGUAGAGGCAGAGGUGACUGUGGAGGGAAUGAUGAAGAAAACAAUGGAGAUGUGGAAAUGGGACAUGACGGAGGAGGUGGUCAGCGUAGGAAUGAUCAGGAUAAGUCUCAUCAGCAACUGUCUGAUAAGAAGGGCAAAGUCAUCUGCAAGUACUACAUUGAAGGGCGAUGCACUUGGGGUGAACAUUGCAACUUCAGCCAUGAUAUUGAGCUACCGAAGAAGAAAGAAUUAUGCAAGUUUUAUAUUACUGGAUUCUGUGCCCGAGCAGAGAAUUGUCCUUACAUGCAUGGAGAUUUUCCCUGCAAGCUCUUCCAUACCACCGGAUCAUGCGUUAAUGGGGAUGACUGUAUGUUCUCCCAUGAGCCUUUGUCAGAAGACACCCAGGAUUUAUUGGACAAGAUGUUAGCGGAGGAUGCUGAGGCUGGUGCUGAAGAUGAGAAGGAAGUGGAAGAACUGAAAAAACAGGGGAUCAAUCCUCUUCCUAAGCCACCUCCAGGGGUUGGACUGCUCCCUACCCCUCCACGUCUACCUCCCACAGAUCCAACAUCUCCGGGAGCAGGACCUCUUCCACCAGUUACUGGGCCUGGUCCAGGUCCUGUACCGGGAGUGCCUGUGGGUCCUAAUGGACCCUGUCCAGGACAGCCACCACCUCCACCUGGUCCUAUGCACCCACCUAUGGCACCUCCACCUCCCUGCCCCAACAAUUCUCAAAAGAAGAUUCCCUCUUUAUUUGAGAUUGUGGUACAGCCCACAGGCCAGUUAGCUCAGAAGCUGGGAGUCAGACCUCCAGGUGCUCCACCUGUUCCACCUGGUCCUCCAGGACCACCAGGACCACCCGGGCCACCAGGGCCCCCUCCUGGUCCAAACGGUCCAUCACCUCGCUUUCCCGGUCCACAUGGUCCCCCUGGACAUAUGGGUCCUGGUCCGCCCGGAAUGAGGCCUCCUGGACCUAUGCCUCAUGACAUGCCAAUGGGACCUCCUGGCCCACCACCACCUAUUGGACCUGGACCACCCAUGAUGGCAUUUGGACCAGGUGAGGGACCUCCACCUAGGAUGAUGCCACCUGGGCCUCCACCUGGCCCCAAUUAUUAUGAUAACUUCUACCAUCAGCAGUCUGAGAUUGAUGCAGAGGCUGGAGGAGAGGAAGGAGAAGAGUAUGAGGAAUAUGAAGGAAUGGAGGAAGGUGAGAGCACUGUGGGUUUUAUUGAGCAAGGUGAAGUCACAUCUGAUAUUGGAAUGACUGGUUCGGACAUCACUGCCUCAGACACUCCGAAGCAGCAGGCCAUUCCUGAUUUCUUGCCUGCCACCCAGAGGGCACUUUUUAUGAGAAUCCAGCAGAACCAGCUUGAUGAUGAAAGAGCUAAGCGGCAAAGUGAUGGCAAUGUGGAACGGGACCAGGAGGGUGAUUCUGCUAACUGGUAUUCAAGUGAGGAGGAGGAUGGUGGUGGUAGUGUGACUUCUAUACUGAAGACUCUGAGGCAGCAAACUCAGGGAACCAAAAUAACAAGUCAGCAGUCUGAGCUCAGUGGAGUCAGCGGUACAAGCAGUAGUGGCACACUGUGUGAUCCCCGUCUGCAGAAAUCACAGUCCCAGUCUUCUUCAGGCAGACCAGCAGACCCUAGACUCUCACGUGACCCCAGACUUGCCCGGACUGGAGAUACAGGACAGAGUGCGGCUGUAACUAGUGCUGCGGCUAGCUCUCUGGAAUCUCAAGGUCCAACUGAUCCAAGAUUAGCUCGUCACACCACUCUGGCUGCAAAGCCAGAUUCCUCACAUACUCCCCAUUCUAGUGCCUCUCAUGGACACAAGCCUGUGUUAACUUCAUCUGUGGCUGCUGUUCCUGCUGAGGAUGACGAUGGUGAGAGGGUGUUGCGGGACAAACCAGUAUCUAUUCCUUUGGAACCUUUAAUUGGACAUACUCUUAGAGACCCACGAUCCCAGCUACAGCAGUUUAGCCACAUUAGGAAAGACAUUGUCCUUCACAAACCCAACUUCUCUAAAACAGUCCUUUGGAAUCCAGAAGACUUAAUCCCCCUGCCUAUUCCGAAACAAGACCUCCUUCCACUACCCCCAGGCAUCCCAACAUUAACAGCAAUGGAUCCAAGACUGUGUCGUGCCCAACAGCAGCAACAUACAGCACCUUCUAAUACAACCCAUGGGACGACAGUACCUUCAACAGAGCCAUCUUCUGUGCUCUCAUCCAUCCCUGACUUUGAGUUGUUGUCCCGAAUACUAAAGACUGUAAAUGCUGCAUCUGGGACUUCAGCAUCUCCUCAGACUACAUCAUCAGCUAGUACCGGGACAGCAGUCGUAUCAGGCACAACAGCGGGAAGCUCCGAGAAGCCAGUUGAUCCCCGCAUUGUCAGAAAAGCUCCCACAGAUCCCCGUUUACAGCCUCAAAAAUCUGCACUCAAACAGUCUAGUGAUUUGCCCACAUCCCCAGCAAGCCAAACAUCUGGGACAGUCUCAUGUUCUGCACCUGCAACUGCUCCCUAUGAUCCUAGGAUCUUGUCAGCAGGGGGUUCGAGCACAGGAAGGGUAGGGACAACUCAGAGCAGUGUGCUCAGUGGAAUAAGCCUUUAUGAUCCUAGAACUCAGAAUGCAAGUGGUGUAACAAAACCAGAAAGCAGUAAUUCAAAUACCACUACAACUCCAUCAACCACUGCUUCAGAUGUUGUUAAACCCAAGCCUAAGGAGCCUUUAUUUGUCCGCAAGUCUGCUCUUGACCAGCCUGAAGCUGAAAAGGCAGUAACAGACUCAACAACGGACCGAUACAACAGCUACAAUAGACCUCGGGUUAAGACCACUUCAGGACCUGCAACAGGGGCUAGUUCUAAUGUAAGUGGUCUGACACCUUCCUCAACAUCUGUAAGCACUGCCUCUACCAGCCCAGAAAGUGGACAACAGGCUCAGCAGCCAGCAAUUCAUAACCUUCCUGUACCAUCACUGUUUGGGCUUGUCAAGCAGGCUACCAAACCCAGCGGAUCUGGGAGUCCAUUUGGUGGAAACAGUCCAGCACAGCAGGAAAAUGCUGACCAAGAUGCAGCUUCUUUGAAAGACGUUUUUAAGGGGUUUGACCCGACAGCUUCUCCAUUCUGUCAAUAGUUAUAUUAUUCAAUCAGUAUUUGCAAACAUUAUGGGGGGUUGGUUAUUUCAUACAUCAUUGUAUUUGUUUUAUGAAAGAUUCUACAUGGUAUAUAUAUUCACUCUAAAUAAGUUCAGCUUAUUACAUUAACCAAAAAAAUGAGAAAAAAAUAAUAGAAUCAUUCAGAUUACAUAAAAUAUGUAUAUAUAUAUCUAUGUCUCAGAUGUAUACUUUUGAAAACUUUCUGUCUGUAUUCUUUUUUUAUUAACAAAAUCAGAGUAAUUACAUAGCCAGUGUUUGUCCUUAUAUUUGUAUUCUGUCUACAUCAAAGAUUAUAUCUAGGGUUUUUCAUAAGUCUGUGAAUCUGUUGAAAGCAUGUUUUUAAUAUAUUGUCUUACACAAAGCAUGCACUGCCAGCAGUUUUUGGGGUGGGUCCAUUGAAAAAGAAUCUAAGAAUAAAAUAUUUAGAUUUUCUUUUUUUAAA